AUGAAUGAAAAUUAUUUGAAUAUAUGUCAGACGUGCUUAAGUUGUGACCGUUCGUUGUUUCCAAUAGAGAAAUUGGAAUCUUCAAUGAAGAAUUUAAACGUUACAUUAUUUAAUGAUCGCCAAAAAGCCAGAAUAUGUUGGGAAUGUAAAGCAAUUAUAAUAAAAUUAUCAAAGUUUAGAGAACAGGUUUUGGAAGCUCAAAGGCUACUUACGUACAACGUAAAGAACAUAUCUCCAUUAAGCCCUUUAAAGCUUCAAUCAAAUGAAAAAAUUAUUAAUUUUACAUAUGAAGAGAACAGCAAUAUCAAUCAGAUAACUUCAAUAAAAACAGAGUCUGAUGAAAAUAAGUUUAAUUCAAGUAAAACAAAUGAAAUUCAUGAAAAAAUUCAUGAUUUGGAUAUAAUUAAUUUAAGACAUAUUCCCAAUGACAUUAAUUCUAAUAAGAGUAAGAAAAUUAGCAAAAACUACACUAAAUUCAAGGAUAAAAUAAAAACAAUAACUUUUACCGAAGACGAGAUGCUGAAUAACAGAGAAAAUAAAAGGAAUCGACCGAAUUUCAAGAAAAUACCAUUUAAAUGUGAAUCCUGUGUACAUGGUUUUACUAGAAAGGAUACUUUACUUUUGCAUAUCAAGAAAAAACAUCAUGAGUCUCUAGGACAAUACGUGUGUCCCGUAUGUCAGAUAAGGUUCCCAACACACAAAAUGAUGUCACGACACAAAACUCGACACUACACAAUACACAAGUGUUUGUUAUGUGGCUAUGACACUUUCACACUAACAGCUGCGAUCAAACAUUGUGUCGUGAAACACAAAAGAGAUACUUAUGGUUUAAUACAUUGUCGACAGUGUGAAGAUACUGUUAGCACAGCCGAAGAGUUAUCAGACCAUAUAAAAACUAAGCAUACUCUAAAUUGUAGUGAGUGUGGAGAAAAGUUUAAAGGGAAACACACAUUGAGAACGCAUAUAAUGCGUAUACAUUCAUCGCACCGCGACUUCACAUGCGAUAUAUGUGCAAAAACAUUCAAUACAAAAUCCCGCUUAGAAUCUCACAUAACAUCCCAUAAUGUGGCCAUAGCUAAAAAACUUUCAUAUUGUACAAUAUGUCAAGUCCAGUAUAAAAAUAUAUAUGUAUAUAGGAACCAUUUGAAAAACAGCAAAAAUCAUUCGGAGAGACUAUACCAUUGCAAAGAAUGCAACAAAAAAUUUGCAUCGAAGGUUUAUUGGAAAAAACAUUAUGAUUUCUAUCAUUUAAAGAAAUCUCCAUUUAAAUGCGAAUCUUGCAAUAAGCUUUUCAUGUCAGAUUGGCGUUUGAAAAACCAUAGACAAAAACAUCACGGGUUGAACAGAACCAGAGACCAUAUGUGUAAUAUAUGUGGAAAGAGUUUCUAUACCCAAUCGACUCUCAGAGGUCACAAGCUAACGCAUUCAGACGAACGGACAUACAUGUGUUCGAAUUGUGGUGAUACCUUCAAACAACGGCCCGCUUUAUAUACUCAUUGUAAAUUAGUUCAUAGAAAUGAGAAGAAU